GCUUGUUCCACCGCCGCCGCCCCUCCUGUAACUUAACCUGGUGCCUUCUUGACGCAAACGACGACGACUUUAGUUCCACCAUUUCUAUACCCCGACUCCCUUUUACAUCAUUUCGACAACUUUAGACCAAGCUGGCGCCCACACUCCUGUCUGUCUUCACCUCCAGGCUUGGUAGGUCCAGGUCGCAGUCACCGCAACCAGGCUCGCCCUCGACGUCUCCUCAGGCUCUCCCCAUGGGCCAGCAGCAAUCCAAGAAGACUCGCAAGAAUGGAAAGGACAAGGACAAGGACGACUCCACAUUCCCCGACGCCGCGUCCGGCGAUGACACUGCGCGACAAGGCAGCCUUUCUCGAACACCAGACACUGCGAAUGGUUCUGCUGCACCUGCAUCCACCAAGGGCAAUCCUGAGAUCAGCGUCACGGAACCAGAUGGGGAGGCAGCGCUGCAGAAUGGCCAUAGUUCCAGACCACCUGGACCAGAUACCCAACCUCAACCGAACACGAACUCCUCGAAAGAUGCUCCCUCACUUCCUUCUACAACAUCGACAUCGCCCCCAACGUCGCCGUCGCUGGGCUCAAAGCCCCCUCCUCUUGACAUUCCCAUGACUCAGACCAUUCUCUCGAACAAUUCCCCUUACCCCACACCAGGUUCUACGAACAGCUUCAAUGUCGACCCUCUCGGAUCACCAGGAAACGGGCGUAAUGGGAGCGGGACAAAGCAACUGGAUAUUGACGAUAUGAUUCAAAGACUGCUCGACGUUGGGUACACAGGCAAAGUCAGCAAAUCGCUAUGUCUCAAGAACGCGGAGAUCGUUACCAUAUGCCAAGCCGCCCGCGAAGUGUUCUUGAGUCAGCCUACACUCGUUGAACUAUCACCCCCCGUCAAGAUUGUCGGCGACGUCCAUGGACAAUACUCGGACCUCAUACGUCUGUUCGAGAUGUGCGGUUUCCCACCAGCCGCCAACUACCUGUUCCUCGGCGAUUAUGUAGACAGGGGGAAGCAGAGUCUGGAGACGAUUCUGCUGCUUCUGUGCUACAAAAUCAAGUAUCCGGAGAACUUCUUCCUACUUCGGGGAAACCACGAGUGCGCUAACGUUACACGAGUGUAUGGGUUUUACGACGAGUGCAAACGAAGGUGUAAUAUCAAGAUAUGGAAGACGUUUAUCGACGUCUUCAACUGUCUGCCCAUUGCGGCCAUCGUCGCCUCGAAGAUUUUCUGUGUACAUGGCGGACUCUCUCCGUCGCUACAUUCAAUGGACGAAAUCAAGCGCAUACAACGACCUACAGACGUCCCUGACUACGGGCUCCUCAAUGACUUGUUAUGGUCCGACCCAUCGGACACAGCGGUGGACUGGGAGGACAAUGAGCGUGGUGUCAGCUAUUGUUUCGGAAAGUCGAUCAUCAACGACUUUCUCGUACGAUAUGACAUGGACCUCAUAUGCCGGGCACAUAUGGUGGUCGAAGACGGUUAUGAAUUCUGGAACGACCGGACACUAGUGACCGUCUUCAGUGCACCGAAUUACUGCGGUGAAUUCGACAAUUACGGAGCAUGCAUGAGUGUCUCUGAGGAGCUACUGUGCGCGUUCGAACUUCUGAAGCCGCUGGAUGGCCCAGCACUCCGGAAGGAGAUGACGAAGGCGAAACGGAAGACGUUGAUGGCCACUACCACCUGAUCCCUGAAGUUAAUGCGUCUUUGCAGCAGCGAUAUACGAUUAUAAUAGUUGAGGUGUGCCCCACUUGUGGCACAAACGAAACAGGUAGUUGCACGGUCACGUCCAGCCCUCCCGUUCUGUCGGGACGUUGUGGUCGGUCAGGGUGACGGCCCCACAUAUGACUCUUGUUCAGGCAUGUGCGACGGACGGGGGUGUCCGCACAGAGCUGCUUGGUUACGGAUACAGCUAACUUAACCUAUCUUUCUCAUAUCCCUCCUCCUUUCCGCCCUGGCUGUGGGUGGCCGAUAUAUCACUGGAGUCACGGACUGUCGUCGUGUACGAUAUCCGCGCAUUCGCUUCGUCUGGUUGCACCGGGGUGAUCAUUCGCAUUAUUCUCUUUUCUGUCCCUAGUUGAUCCCUCAUUAGCAUUCCGUGUUAGGUCCAUUAUUCGCUUCAUUUGUGCUGUAGCUACAUUGUGAAAACAUGCAUCACGCCCACCCAACGACGUGUGGUGGCAUC